UGGCUUUUACCACAAUGACUGCUCCCCACUGCAGCAAAAGGCUUAUAAAAACGCCAUUAUUGUGAUUAAAAAAACAAAACAACAAAAAAGAGAGAGGAUAUUAUUAAUAAUUAAACAACAAGAAGAAGAUGAUGAUGAUAAAAUGGUGAAAUAGCGGUGACGUGCACUGCUGUUCUCUGGUAGCUUAAAGUGUUGAUUUUGUUACACAAAGCGGCCAAGCAACAAAUAUUAUCAGAAGAAAGGGAAGAAAAGUAGAAAAAGGCAUCAAACCAAAGGCAAAAGCAAUAGAAUUGUUACAAUCAAGAAGCUACAUUUUUCUUUUGAUAAAGAGGAAAAAAAGGGAGGAACUUUACGUGUGUGGCUGUGUUGUUGUAAGUUACCGGAAAUGAGGAGAAGAACAGAGAUUCUGGUGUUGCUUAUUUGUUUGGUAAUAGUAACGACGUCGUUUGCAUCCACCGUCACGUACGAUCACCGAGCGAUUGUCAUCGACGGGAAACGCCGCGUCUUGAUCUCUGGCUCCAUUCAUUACCCUCGCAGCACCCCUGAAAUGUGGCCAGACCUUAUACAAAAAUCCAAGGACGGAGGGUUAGAUGUGAUUGAAACUUACGUUUUCUGGAACUUGCACGAACCAGUCCGAAACCAGUAUAAUUUCGAAGGAAGAAACGAUUUGGUUAAAUUUGUAAAGCUAGUUGCAGAAGCUGGUCUUUAUGUUCAUCUACGCAUCGGUCCAUACGUUUGCGCUGAAUGGAAUUAUGGUGGAUUUCCUCUUUGGUUACAUUUUAUACCCGGAAUCAAGUUUCGAACUGAUAAUGAACCAUUUAAGGCAGAAAUGCAGAGGUUCACGGCUAAGAUUGUGGAAAUGAUGAAGCAAGAGAAGUUGUAUGCAUCACAAGGAGGACCCAUUAUUUUGUCACAGAUUGAAAAUGAGUAUGGAAACAUUGAUUCAGCAUAUGGGGCUGCCGCAAAACCCUAUAUUAAAUGGGCAGCUGGUAUGGCUAUUUCAUUGGAUACAGGAGUUCCCUGGGUUAUGUGCCAGCAAUCUGAUGCUCCUGAUCCCAUUAUUAACACCUGCAAUGGAUUCUACUGUGACCAAUUCACCCCAAAUUCUAAUAAGAAACCAAAAAUGUGGACAGAGAAUUGGUCUGGAUGGUUCCUUUCAUUUGGUGGCACCGUUCCCUACAGACCUGUAGAAGACCUCGCAUUUGCUGUUGCGCGGUUUUUCCAAAGAGGUGGAACUUUCCAAAACUAUUAUAUGUACCAUGGUGGAACAAACUUUGACAGGACUACAGGUGGACCCUUUAUUGCUACUAGUUAUGAUUAUGAUGCUCCGAUUGAUGAGUAUGGACAAGUUAGACAACCAAAGUGGGGUCACCUAAGAGAUGUCCAUAAGGCUAUAAAGCUUUGUGAAGAAGCAUUGAUAGCCACUGAUCCUAAAAUUUCCUCUUUGGGUCCAAACUUGGAGGCUGCUGUAUAUAAAACAGGAUCGGGAGGAUGUUCUGCUUUUCUUGCCAAUAUAGACACCAAAUCUGAUGCGACUGUUAAUUUCAAUGGCAAUUCAUACCAUUUGCCUGCAUGGUCUGUCAGCAUCUUACCAGACUGCAAGAAUGUAGUUCUGAAUACCGCCAAGGUUAACUCUAUGAGUGUGAUUCCAAGCUUCAUACAUGAAUCAUUGAAUAAAAAUGCUGAUUCAACUGACUCAAUCGGGUCAGGCUGGAGUUGGAUAAAUGAACCCGUUGGCAUCUCUAAGGCUAGCGCAUUUAACAAACUUGGAUUGUUAGAGCAAAUCAACACUACUGCUGAUAAAAGUGACUACUUGUGGUAUUCAUUAAGCAUGAAUAUCAAGGGAGAUGAGCCUUUCCUUCAAGAUGGAUCUCAAACUGUUCUUCAUGUGGAAUCACUUGGGCAUGGCCUUCAUGCUUUUAUAAAUGGGAAACUUACAGGGAGCAGAACUGGUAAUAGCGACAAUGCUAAGGUUAAAGUGGAUAUCCCCAUCACAGUUGUCCCUGGGAAGAACACGAUUGAUCUCCUUAGUUUGACCGUAGGGCUGCAGAACUAUGGGGCCUUCUUUGACCUAUCAGGGGCAGGGAUAACUGGUCCAGUGAAACUAAAUGGUUUAAGUAAUGGUAGCAGUAUUGAUCUCUCCUCACAGCAAUGGACGUAUCAGGUUGGACUUAAAGAGGAAGAUUCGGGUCUACCAAGUGGAAGUUCAUCGGAAUGGGUUUCACAACCCGCAUUGCCGAAGAAUCAACCCCUGAUAUGGUACAAGACAAAUUUUGAUGCCCCUACUGGGAAUGACCCUGUUGCUUUAGACUUCAUGGGGAUGGGGAAGGGUGAAGCAUGGAUCAACGGACAGAGCAUUGGACGAUAUUGGCCUGCCUAUAUCGCAUCAAACAGUGGCUGUACUGACUCUUGUGAUUAUAGAGGACCUUAUAGUGCAAACAAAUGCCGCAAGAAUUGUGGGAAGCCUUCUCAGCAAUUGUAUCAUGUACCUCGUUCAUGGUUGAAACCAAGUGGCAACAUUCUUGUAUUGUUCGAGGAAAUGGGUGGGGAUCCGACACAGCUUGCUUUUGCAACCAGAAAGAUGGGAAGUUUGUGCUCGCAUGUAUCUGACUCUCACCCAUUACCCAUGGAUAUGUGGGGUUUGGAUUCGAAAACAAGAAGGGCUUCAAACCCUACGCUAUCCCUCAGUUGCCCAUCUCCGAAUCAGGUUAUUUCUUCAAUCAAAUUUGCCAGCUUUGGAACUCCUCUUGGCACUUGCGGCAGUUUUAGCCAUGGGAGGUGUAGCAGUGCUAAAGCACAUUCCAUUGUACAGAAGGUUUGUGUUGGAUCGACAAGUUGUAGUAUCGAUGUAUCAACCAAGACUUUGGGUGACCCUUGCAAAGGUGUAAAGAAGAGCUUAGCUGUAGAAGUUUCUUGUGCAUGAAGAAAUGUGAUUAAGAAUGGAUUAUUGGGUGCGAGAGAAGUGCAAGCGUUGGAUCAAAUAAGCUUUUCAACAAUGAGUUCUUCUGAUAAUGGGAAAAAGACGUCUCAUACCAGAAACGUGUUCUUGCUAGUACUAGAGAAAUAAACAUUAGUGUAGUUUAUCACUUCAAUGGUAUUUCUGCAUCAGUAUAUCUUUUAACACCGUACCAAGAAACGAUAUCAAAGUAAAUUUUAUCAAUAUAUAUCUAUAAUGAUAAAAACUA